AUGAAUCUGCCUUGGGAUCUCUCUUGGUCACAGCACCAUUUCGUUCCUCUUCUAGCUGUCUUGGUUGCUGCUGUGGUCUACUUGUUCAGUUUUAGCAAGAGGAAGAGCCACGUUGCGUCCGUCCGUAAUACGCCGGUGGGCAAGUCCAAGGAUGUGAAGAAAGCAGGCCCGAGGAUCGCGCACCUCAAAUCAACACAAUGGUAUCGAGACAUGUUCUUUCAGCUUCAAAAUCUCGAAGAUCACCCAGAAACGUUGGAACCGGCUCGAGAGGAACUAUUGAUCAUGUUCUCUCGUGCACUUUUACUCGCCCUCCUGCAGGUAGAGUGUGACAGUAGCAGCAACAUACUCAGCAUCGAGGAUUACAGCGUCGAGGGCAUCUCCACCUUCCUCAAACACACACACCAAAAGGCUCAGUCAGAAUUUGCCAGCUAUCUGGAGAGACGGAAACAGGGGGAACAUACCGAGUUAUUUGGGACUGUUGAAGCUGCGAAAGAUUGGCUCGUCCAGCAGGCACCCAUCAAACUUGUGGACGGCGCAUGGCUUGGACACAUAAACAAAAUCACCACUCCGUUUUCCCUUCGGGGCGUCACCAGACAGCUGUGGCAUCUCUUGUCAGAAGAGCUCGGAGAUGGCGAUCUUUCCAAGAACCACGUCAAUAUCUACCGCAGGCUUCUGAACGAUAUUGGAUGUCCACUGCCAAAUGGCCACAGUGCAGAUUUUAUACGUCUCCCCGAGUGGAAUCGAGUCGAGAAUCGUGAGGCCUGGCAGGCUGCCGUGGGCCAGCUUACCAUCUCGCUCUUCCCCAACGAGUUUCUUCCUGAAAUUCUCGGCUUUAAUAUGCACUUCGAAACCGUGACGCUCGACACUAUGCAAGCAGCCCAUGAGCUGAAAAGCUUUGCCAUUGAUCCUUAUUACUUUCUCAUCCACAUUACAAUAGAUAAUGCCGAUUCCGGACAUACGGCCAUAGCCGCUCACGCUGUUAUGGAAUAUCUUGAAGUCGUGCGAGCAACGGAAGGGGAGGAGGCUGUGCAGCAGGCCUGGAAACGAGUUCAGGUGGGAUACAUCUUGUCGCAGACUCUAGGGAGUCAUUCUUCCACUGGAACAGUUAAUUUGGGUCUUUCGAGCCCAGAAGUCUUACUUGGACCACUUAGCACUCAAGUGAUGGACAUCCUUCGAUCCAAAGCUCUGGUAUCGGAUGGUAUCCACUCUCAAAGCAGGGCACGUAUAGGACCCUAUACUUUGUCUGAAUGGCUUGAUGCGGACUUGUGGAAGCAUUCCAAUGGGCCGCAUCAGCUGGAUCUCUUGACAGUCCUCAGCGAAGCCAAGCCGUGGGUUUUUGCAGGGGAAAGCAGCAAGAGCCUGCUUUUGCGGGAGCUUUCGUGGGGAGGACGCAUGUUUGGCGCUUUCACAAACAACGAAGUUGCUACUCUUCGCUCAUGGAUAGAUGAAUUGAGACCAAAAGAUGAACCCUUGCUAUAUUGGAAAUUUACCCAGAGACAAUCCGUGACUUCUCAAGAUGCUGUCGCAGCGCUCCGAGACUCAGUUUACCACUAUCAAUCCGUGUUUCCCGACAAUGAGGCCCAAAUGCUCCAGGUGGCGGACUCGUGCAUACCCACAAUGUGCCAGAGACUUGACUCUGUUGUUUCAUUGCCACCGUGGAAAGAACAGUCAAGGUUGAACACACCCUCGAUGGAUCAGCUCCCUGACAUCAUUGCCCUUUGGUUUGCGCACAUCAGUCUUUUGGAGAACACGACCAGUAUACCCUCCCGAACGGUAUGUCCUCUUUACUCUUGCAUUCUGCGCCUCCUGCGUGCGCAAGCGGGCUUUGAUAUUGAAUCCGACAUCGUUGCGGGCAUGGACGAAUUGAGGCGAGAAUCUUGCACUAGUCUCGUUGAUAUUGGCCUCGAGCUUGUCCUGAAACUUGGCCAUCCCACGAUCGGUGCUAAACCUUCAUGUUUGCACGAUGUUCUUUUGCUAGCGGCUCAACACGGUCAGAGUGAGGAUAGUGCUAGGUUGGCCAACAACAUGCUGCGGUGGAGUGCGCGGCCCACGGGGAAUCUCGGCUUGCUCCUAGGAAUAGCGUUGGCCUUUUUGGAGUUUAAAUAUGCUAUACUGAGAGCUCCUGAUCUGCUAGACCGGGAGAACUGUCUCUUGUUAGAGGCUAUUGUGACAAGAGAGAAGACAAGCCUAGAGGAGUGUGCUGGGGACCUACAAAAUACGGGUGAUACACGGUACAAAGACAUGCUACAAGGGUACCGUCUUGCAAUGACAGGUCUGUCGAAGUGCCUAUAG